AAUUCCCAAUUUGAAAAAAAAAACUCCCGACCCGACACAACUUCAUUGAACAAAACUAUUUAGUGUCAUCUUCAUACGGCUAGCACUACAGCUGUCAAAGUAGAACUCAGACGAAAUUAAAUUUUUGUAAAGCAUCAUUAUGGCUUUGAAAUUAAUAUCUACAUCAAAAUGUUUCGCCGGUGAACAGCGAGUUUAUUCUCAUUUUUCUGAAGUUCUUAAAUGUGAAAUGAAACUCGGUGUUUAUUUGCCUCCACAAGCCAUAGAAGAACAAAUUGCUUGUCCGGUAUUAUAUUACCUAAGUGGCCUUACCUGUACCCAUGAGAAUUUUAUUCACAAAUCUGGCUUUCAAAAAUACGCCGCCGAGAAUGGCCUAUGUGUUGUUAAUCCAGAUACAUCCCCGAGAGAUGUUAAAAUUCCCGGAGAAGACGAUAGCUAUGACUUUGGAUCUGGAGCUGGUUUUUAUGUCGAUGCUCUUCAAGAACCUUGGUCAAAAAACUAUCAAAUGUACAGUUAUGUUACCAAUGAACUAAUUGCAUUGAUCAAUUCCAAUUUACCAGUCACUAAAAAACAAUCAAUCACUGGCCACAGUAUGGGCGGACAUGGUGCUUUAAUAUCUGCCCUUAAAAACCCUGGAUUAUAUCAAUCUGUUUCAGCAUUUGCUCCCAUUUGUAAUCCAUGUGAAUGUGCUUGGGGUCAAAAAGCCUUUAAAGGUUAUAUGGGCGAUGAUAAGGAAGAAUGGAAAAAUUGGGAUGCCACUGAAUUGGCAUCAAAAUAUUCAGCUAACCCAAUUGAAAUUCUAAUUGAUCAAGGAACUGAAGAUAAUUUCUUGAAGAGUAAGUCACUUUUGCCAGAUAAUUUUCUUGAGGUUGCUGCUAGCAAUGAUCAUUUGCAAACAAUUUAUAAGCAAAGAGAAGGCUAUGAUCAUAGCUAUUAUUAUAUUGCUACAUUUAUUGGUGAGCAUGUAAAUUAUCAUGCAAAAUUCUUGAAUAAAGAAUAGAUUUGAGGCAAUUAUUAUGUUUUUUGUUUAUAGAAUUUUAUACACACAGCUUUGUGAAUGUUAAUAAUUUUUUUUUUAUAUUGGAAUAAAGCCAAAGUGCUCAUUUAAUAAAAAGGUACUUGAAAAAUACAAUGAUUGACUUAAGUAGUUUUGUAUUUAUUAGAUAAGGAUGGGAAUUAUUAUUAAAAAUGCAGCUCAUUAAAUGCAGCUGAUAAAAUUA